AUGGCGUCCGAAUCGCUACAGUCGCCGCCGCCAGAGAGCGACCGGGGCCGCACGACUUCCCGGCACCAUCAUGAUCCGUUGGCACAUAAAAGAGAAACUACCCCCCAUGCUGUCCGUGCAGGCAAUAUGCUCACUGCCACUCCGAAGUGGUUCCCGUUAGGAUACAGGGAAGGGUUUGCUCAAUGGUGGGCUGGUGUUUCACCCGCAGCGGCGGAGCAUAAGGUGCUCUCCUUCCUGCCCUAUCUCCAGCAUGAGCCUCCCACCCAGCAGCAGACAGGGCACGAACCCGAUAUUCCUACCGACACAAGAGACGGUCUCGCUUCCGUGGACCCCAGCCAACCAGGCGAGGUAACGGCCAACUCCGUCGGGGACCCGUAUGGACCUCGUCGAUGGCGUUCCAGCAUGGUUCAGCUCAGCGGUAAGAAUCGUGCUCUGAACGAGCUGUCGGUGGAGAGAGUUGGAGAGGAUGCCGACCAGCACUUGGUGAUGCUCCACGGCUACGGGGCCGGCUUGGGGUUUUUCUACAAAAACUUUGAGCCUCUAAGCCGACCCAAGGGCUGGCAUGUAUAUGCGCUAGACAUGCUCGGGAUGGGCCGCAGUACGCGUCCCCCUUUCCGGAUCAAAGCUAAAAGAAGAGAAGAUGCCAUCAAGGAAGCGGAGGAUUGGUUUGUCGAUGCUUUGGAAGAAUGGCGCGUGAAACGCAAGAUCGAUCGUUUCACUCUACUCGGCCAUAGUCUCGGGGGAUACAUGGCCGUAGCUUACGCGCUCAAAUACCCUGGUCGUCUGAACAAACUCCUCCUUGCUUCUCCCGUGGGUAUCCCAGAGGACCCGUACGCAGUCAGAGAGGAUAUGCCGGAACCAUCCGCGUCUACUAUGGUCAACGAGUUUACCCAGGAUCAACAACGUGUAUUCGAAGAUGGAGACUCACAGAGGUCCGAUGCAACGGGUAGCAGUCCUCGCGCUAUGAGCAAGCUUGGGAACAUAUCAUCAAACUCUCCACCGCGUCGCACUCUUCCAAAAUGGUUCGCCUAUCUGUGGGACGCCAAUAUCUCUCCCUUCACCUUUGUACGAUGGGCUGGACCAUUCGGGCCACGCCUAGUAUCUGGCUGGACGUCUCGACGGUUUUCCCACCUACCAGAGGAAGAGGCCAAGGCUUUACAUACCUACGCGUAUAGCAUAUUCCGCCUCCGAGGCAGUGGCGAGUACGCUCUAUCAUACGUGCUCGCACCGGGUGCUUUCGCCCGUAACCCUCUCAUCCGGCGCAUCCACCAGGUCGGUCGACAGAUGAUUCAGCCUGUUCCCGAAGACUCCCCUUCACAAUCAGACGCCUCUCUGGGUGCAUCUCCUGGACCGAGUCCCUCCCCGCCCCCUGAUUUUCUCAACUCGAGUGAAUCCUCAGUAGCGGCGGCUGCGGGUGGGAUAGCAGCGCAACCUAGACGUGAACAUGGCAUCCCCAUUGUCUUCUUGUACGGCGAUCAUGACUGGAUGGAUGUCGCAGGCGGGUUCGCUGCAAAGGAGAAGAUAGAUGAAGAAAGAGAGCGGACACUCCGCGAUGCCACCCCGGAGGAACGUCAAGCGGACAGAGGAUCGGCCAAGGUAGUAAUAAUCAAGAGAGCUGGCCAUCACCUCUACCUAGACGGAUGGGAAGAGUUCAAUAAGGUCAUCCUAGAAGAAAUGGAGGAUGUGAGGCGCCAAGAAAGAGAAAGAGGAAGAGCUACGCCGCCAUCUUAG